AGUCAAACCUCUACUGCUUCUUUUUAUAACCUUUAAGUUAAUUCAGAAUCCAGAUACGCCUUGAUCUGAUGAUGAUAUAACCACGGCAAGCAACAUGGGAACCUAUAAAGAAAUCAAGAAGGCUUCACAAAAUAUGGUGUAAUGUCUACAGGUGGAGACAGGCCACAAGGUCUGGGGACGAGGGGAUGGCCUGAUCCAGGGACGAUGAAGAUGCAGUGUUGAAUAAGCUGGAGGAGAGAAGCAACAGGCACCAUGGAAAAGACCAAAACCAAGCAAGGAGAUAAUGAACAUAAGCCAAUGAAUAAUCCUUCUGCACAGAUUUACCAGUUGCAGGCUCUAGCCUCUGAACUCAAAACUGGCUUCACAGAAGCAAUGCAAGAACUGUCAAGAAUUCAACAUGGAGAAUAUGCUUUGGAAGAGAAGGUUAAGAGCUGCAGAUGUUCCAUGGAAGAGAAAGUUACUGAGAUGAAGAAUUCAUUGAACUAUUUUAAGGAAGAGCUGAGCAAUGCCAUGUCAAUGAUCCAGGCCAUCACUUCCAAACAAGAAGAAAUGCAACAGAAAAUUGAACAGCUUCAACAGGAGAAGCGAAGAGAAUCUCGAAAAGUUAAAGCCAAGAAAACUCAGAAAGAAGAACAUGGAUCACAGGCUGGACCUGCUCAAGCACAAGGAAGUCCUUUCCGUUCCAUCAACAUCCCGGAGCCUGUUCUUCCAAGUGAAGACUUUACAAACCUUUUGCCUUCUCAGGCCUAUGAAAAAGCACAAGAGACCAGAUCCGUGCAUGUAGGAGACAGCAAUGUGAAGGGAAUAAUGGGUCCUGGAAUGACCCCAACAACUCCAGAAGCAGAAGAAAACCUUAAGCCUUGCCUCUCAGCUGAUAUCCAACCCAAGAGUCAUCUCCCACCUGGUGUGUGGAGGCAGCCUAAGGAUGCUAAAGACUGGGGUGAAGAAUACGUCACAAAAGACCACCCAGAUAAACUCAAGGAAGUGGGCCAGGGCAGACAUAGCUCCUUGGAAAACGUUUUAUGUGAAACUUCUUUAGCUGCUAAAAGACAGACUGUGGCUCUAGAACUGCUUGAAUCAGAAAGAAAAUAUGUCAUUAACAUCUCUCUGAUCCUGAAGAUCAAGGCAACAUUCCAGGGGUCAGAUGGAAAGAGGAAUUCUAAAGAGAGAAGCCUCUUCCCUGGCUCUUUACGGUACAUUGUCCAGCAGCACCUGGAUUUGCUUCACGCUCUGCAGGAAAGGGUCUUGAAGUGGCCACGCCAAGGAGUCCUUGGAGAUUUAUUCCUUAAGUUAACAAAUGACGAGAAUAAUUUUUUGGAUUAUUAUGUUGCUUACCUGAGGGACUUGCCCGAAUGCAUCUCUUUGGUUCAUGUGGUUGUUCUGAAGGAGGGUGAUGAAGAGAUUAAGUCUGACAUCUACACAUUGUUUUUUCAUAUAGUCCAGCGCAUCCCUGAAUAUCUGAUACAUCUACAGAAUGUCCUGAAGUUCACAGAGCAGGAACACCCUGACUAUUAUCUACUUCUGGUGUGUGUUCAGCGCCUGCGAGUAUUUAUCUCACACUACACCCUGCUUUUUCAGUGCAAUGAGGAUUUGCUUAUUCAGAAACGGAAAAAGCUCAAGAAGUCAUCCAUGGCGAAGCUGUACAAAGGGCUGGCUUCCCAGUGUGCAAACGCCGGGCAAGACGCUUCUCCCACUGCAGGCCCCGAGGCUGUCCGUGACAGUGGGAUCCACUCAGAAGAGAUGCUGCAACCCUACCCUUCUGCUCCCAGUUCUGGACCUGCUGUCACACAUUUGAUGCCCCCAGUGAAGAAAAGCCAACAGCAGCAAAGCUUGAUGGAGAGCAUGCAGCCCGGGAAGCCCAGUGACUGGGAGAUGGAGGGCAGAAAGCACGAGAGGCCAGAGAGCCUCCUGGCGCCGGCGCAGUUCUGUGCCGCCGAGCAGGACGUGAAGGCGCUCGCCGGGCCCCUGCAGGCCAUCCCGGAGAUGGACUUCGAGCCGUCGCCGGCGGAGCCGCUGGGCAACGUGGAGCGCUCCCUGCGCGCCCCGGCUGAGCUCCUGCCCGACGCCCGCAGCUACGUGCCCGCGGCCUACGAGGAGUUUGAGUAUGGCGGCGAGAUCUUCGCGCUGCCCGCACCCUACGACGAGGAGCCCUUCCAGGCUCCGGCCCUCUUCGAGAACUGCUCGCCCGCCUCUUCCGAGUCCAGCCUGGACAUCUGCUUCCUGCGGCCCGUCAGCUUCGCCAUGGAGGCCGAGCGGCCCGAGCACCCGCUGCAGCCGCUGCCCAAGAGCGCCACGUCGCCGGCGGGCAGCAGCGGCGCCUACAAGCUGGAAGCAGCCGCGCAGGCGCACAAAGCCAAGCCGCUGAGCCGCUCGCUCAAGGAGUUCCCGCGCGCGCCGCCGCCCGAGGGCGUGGCCCCGCGCCUCUACAGCACGCGCAGCAGCAGCGGCGGCCGCGCGCCGCUCAAGGCCGAGCGCGCCGCGCAGGCGCACGGCCCAGCCGCCUCCGCUCGCGGCGCGCCCCGGACCUUCUUUCCCCAACAGAGGUCCCAAAGCGAAAAGCAGACCUAUUUGGAAGUAAGGAGGGAGAUGCAUUUAGAAGAUGCCACCAGAUUCUGUCCAAAGGAAGAAAGAGAAAGCGAGCAAACAUCUUUCAGCGAUCAAAACCCCAGGCAAGACCAGAAAGGGGGCUUUCGCAGCUCCUUCCGCAAGCUCUUUAAAAAGAAGUCCAGUGGAUCAGAAUACAGGGAAAAAACUAAUGAGAAUCCCUCAAUGGAUCCUUCACCCACCAAACAAGAUUUCUUCAGAAACCGACUUGCUCUUGCAAAUGAGCUUGACCAAGGAACAGCUGUGUAAAACAUACUUAAAGUUGUAUUGUCAAGUGGUAAGAUGAGGAUAAAAAGCUUGUAUAUAUCUGUGUAGGAAUAUAUAUAUAUAUUGAUGUAUAAAUCCCUGAGGAAAACUAAUAUAAAUACUUAACAUAUGAAACUAAAUCAACAUACAAGACAUUGAAGAGAUGAAGAUUAGUCUGUGGUUGAGAGCUGGCUCUUUGCACAACACUUGGGACAAGGGGCAUGAAGACUUCUCACAGCAUUACAAAGACACAAUAAAUUUGGAGGAAAAUAAAUGCUUGUAAGAAAACUUCCACCUUGAAGUCAUUCCCCCAGUAUAAUAUUGAGCAUGUUCAUAUUUAACAUGGAUGUGAAAUUUAUGCUUCCGAGGUAUUUAGCUUAUUCAUUUCAUCUUAGACUAGUAUACACCAUGCUAGGGGCCAGUUCUGUCAUGCCAUAUACCUUCCAAAAACCCCAAGGCAAUACCUAACAUUCCUUAAGGCAAAGCAUCAGUUAACACAAUUGUAUUACGUGUUGCAAAUAUGAGUUGUGGAAACUUUGUGCUUAAACCAUGACACAAAAGGUUCAAAGCUUAAAGACAUGUUGAUAUGCAAAUAGGAAAAGAACCUUAAGAGUAGUUUCCUCUUGUUCUAUGGUCAUGAA